GAAAUUGAUAUUCGACGAUUUUUUAAAAUUAUCUCAAUAAAAUAAAUAAAUUAGAAGGCUGAAAUUUGCUAUAUCAUUUGUUAGAUCCAAACCGGUCGCUAAUAACAAACGGUCAAUUAUUCAGAUUACAAAACUGCAAAAAUCAUCAUCGCCAAUGCCAUGGCUAGACCUUUGUCAACAAUCUUCAAAUCGACGAAACCCCAUAUUUCGAAACCACCAAAACCCUCAAAUUUUGAAUCUAAUCUCAAAUUUCCAUCUUCUUCAAGUUGCAGCAAAUCAAGAAAGUCUGAUGCAAAUUCACAGCGAUCAUAUCCGGAAUUACUAACAAGCCCAGCUUCAAAUUCAACGGAAUUUAGUAAUUCUAAGAAAAAGAGGUCUUUGUGGUGUGUAUACCUUAUUCUCUCCACAAAUCCACCUAUUAAGACCUAUGUUGGUGUCACUACCAAUUUCUGUCGCCGACUAAAAGAACAUAAUGGUGAAUUAAAAGGGGGUGCAAAGGCAUCUCGCUCAGGAAGACCUUGGAUUUGUGCCUGCCUUAUUCGGGGAUUUAAGGGCAGAAGUGAAGCUUGUGCAUUUGAAUCAAAAUGGAAACAAAUUUCGAGAAAGCUUCCCCGUAAAAGGAAGGGUACUACUGAGGAGCAGGAGCCAGAAGACAAUGGAGCUCUUGCAUUAUUGCAGCAUAGACAUGCAGCUCUGGAUCGCGUUCAAAGUUUGAUUGAUUGCAGUGACUUAAAUAUUGAUUGGCGUUCUAAUUUUCUCUGAUUUAAUAUAUUGAUUAAAUGUAGCCACAGUUUUAUACUUUUUCACUUGCAACGGUGACUUGUACAAAUAUAUUUAUUAUAACCGGUCAAUAUCAAAAUGAAGAUGAUACAAGUCUUGAACUA